AUGCAAAUACAAUGGGAACUGAUAGAAAGAGCAAAAGAAGAACUGGAAAUAAUAGAAACAGAGCAUCCCAACAGGUUUGAACUUCUCAAAACAGAGCUCAAAGAUUUCAUUUCAGAUUUGGAGCUGCAGAUUAAUAGCAACAUCACCACACACUAUGCUGACACUCAAGAGUCAUCAAGCAUGGAGAAGAGGAAGAAAGUAGGGUCAUGUCUGAACAAGAUGAGCAAGACUGAGGUUGUCCUGGAGAAAGCUCUUCAUUGUCUCUGCAAAAUUCAACACUUCAAAGCUAGCUUAUGUUCUUCUAAUUUAUAUUGCUAA